GGUGCCAAGAACUGAGAUCUCUGGACGGACUAAACUUGGCUGCGGGCCGAUAAGUGAGCAAUGACUGGCCGAUCUAGCUAAAGACUCUCUGCUUGCACAGCCACAUGCACUUGCACUGGAAAAGCUGCUCAUAGGAGGCAAAGACUGAGCAGCAGCUGCAAACCACACAGACUAAACGAAUGAAGAAUUAAAAUGCCAGUGUUAUCACCCUCCCAGUGAUCCCAGUUCACAUCUCCUCUGCCCAAUGGGAUGGUGGUGGCAUCAGGACAGGGCUGGAUGCUGUUGGAGAUUAAGGGUAAAUGGGCAAGGGGGUCUGCAGGGUCUGAGUCCAUUGUCUGAGAGCACAAAGUGAAGAUGAGAAAGGUACAAAAGUGGCCCUCACUUAUUAGCUUUCCAGUCUGAAGCUUGACACUUACAUAAAGGAUUAUUUUGCGCCUGCUAGGGAAUAUUUUUUAUCUCCAAGUUGAGAAAAUGAAAGUGAACAAGCAAGAAGUUACCAAGUUCAAGAGAAGAUCAUAUGUUAAAAAUAAUAUUGUAUAAUAAGAAAAAAAACACAAAUAGAAAAGACUCAAAAAAAGUAAAGCAUAAGAAAACAAGCAUUUGGGUUGUGCGGAAUAACAGGCAUUAUUCAUGGACUUGGUAUGGUUCAGGUCUGGGACAGAACAACUAUUAUAGCACGAAGCUAAUCCCAAAACUGUAAAAUCAGGAACUUCACAGCAAAAAAAACAAUAUUUCCCCCCCAAAUUAUGGAAAUUUUGUGGAAGACGUUGACCUGGAUUUUGGGCCUCGCCAUGGCUUCAUCGGAAUUUCACAGGGACAACAGACUUUCCUAUAGUUCUCAAGGGGAAUUCCUGUCUUACCUUGAACACUACCAGCUGACGGUUCCUAUAAGGGUUGACCACAGUGGAGCCUUCGUGGGUUUUAUUGUGAAGAAUGAAAAGCAUUCGCGGAGGAGGCGGAGGAGUACGGACCCUAAAGACCAAGAACAGGAAGCUUCUAAAUUAUUUUUUAAAAUUUCUGCCUACGGCAAGCACUUUCAUCUGAACCUGACCCUGAACACGGAUUUAGUCUCCAAACAAUUUACAGUAGAAUACUGGGGGAAGAAUGGGCCCGAGUGGAAACAUGAUUACAUUGAGAACUGUCACUACACGGGAUAUUUACAGGACCAAAAUACCACAACUAAAGUGGCUCUAAGUAACUGCAAUGGGUUGCAUGGCGUCAUCGCUACAGAAGAUGAAGAAUAUUUUAUUGAACCUUUAGAAAACACAACUGAUAAUUCCAACCACUUUAACUAUGAAAGGGGUCACCCUCAUGUAAUUUAUAGAAAGUCUGCCAUCAACAAUCGGCAUUCGAGUGAACAGGGGCAUUGUGGUGUGAAAGACUUCACUGGAAACAACAAGCCCUGGUGGUUGAACCACACAUCCUUCAUGCCAACUGCCUCAUCAGACAACGAUACAGAUAAUGGUCCUCGCAGGCAGAGGAGAUCAGUCAGCGUGGAGCGAUUUGUGGAGACAUUGGUUGUGGCUGAUAAAAUGAUGGUUGGAUACCAUGGCCGGAGAGAUAUUGAACACUACAUACUGAGCGUCAUGAAUAUUGUUGCCAAACUUUACCGUGAUUCCAGCCUAGGAAACGUUGUGAAUAUCAUAGUGACGCGUUUAAUAGUCCUCACGGAAGAUCAGCCAAACUUGGAGAUAAACCACCACGCCGACAAGUCCCUUGACAGCUUCUGUAAGUGGCAGAAGUCCAUCCUUUCCCACCAGAGUGACGGGAACACAAUUCCAGAGAAUGGCAUUGCACACCAUGACAACGCUGUGCUCUUUACCAGGUAUGACAUCUGUACAUACAAAAAUAAGCCAUGUGGGACUCUGGGCUUGGCCUCGGUGGCUGGAAUGUGUGAACCAGAGAGGAGCUGCAGUAUUAAUGAAGACAUUGGCUUAGGCUCAGCAUUUACUAUUGCACAUGAGAUUGGUCACAACUUUGGUAUGAACCAUGAUGGAAUUGGAAAUGCCUGUGGCACCAAAGGUCAUGAAGUAGCCAAGUUAAUGGCAGCGCACAUUACAUCAAACACAAAUCCCUUCUCCUGGUCCGCCUGUAGCCGGGACUACAUCACCAGCUUUCUUGAUUCAGGACGUGGUACGUGCCUCGAUAAUGAACCUCCAAAGCGUGACUUCAUUUACCCGGCUGUGGCUCCAGGCCAGGUGUACGAUGCAGACGAGCAAUGCCGUUUCCAGUAUGGAGCGACAUCACGCCAAUGUAAAUAUGGGGAAGUGUGUAGAGAGCUCUGGUGCCUCAGUAAAAGUAACCGCUGUGUUACCAACAGUAUUCCUGCCGCCGAAGGAACCCUGUGCCAGACUGGAAGCAUUGAGAAAGGGUGGUGCUAUCAGGGGGAAUGCGUACCCUUUGGCACGUGGCCGAAGAGCAUAGAUGGGGACUGGGGGCCGUGGUCCGUUUGGGGUGAAUGCACAAGGACCUGCGGCGGGGGAGUCUCGUCUUCUGUUAGACAUUGUGACAGUCCAGCACCUUCAGGUGGAGGAAAGUAUUGCCUCGGGGAACGGAAGCGGUACCGCUCAUGCAACACGGAUCCUUGUCCCUCCGGAUCCCGAGACUUCAGAGAAAAGCAGUGUGCCGACUUUGAUAAUAUGCCUUUCCGCGGGAAAUAUUACAACUGGAAACCCUACACUGGAGGUGGUGUUAAAACGUGUGCGUUAAACUGUUUGGCUGAAGGCUAUAAUUUUUACACUGAACGAGCCCCCGCUGUUAUUGAUGGAACUCGAUGCAACGCUGACUCCCUGGACAUCUGCAUUAAUGGAGAAUGCAAGCAUGUAGGCUGCGAUAACAUUUUGGGCUCAGAUGCCAAAGAGGAUAGGUGUCGAGUGUGCGGAGGAGAUGGAAGCACUUGCGAAGCGAUUGAGGGAUUCUUCAACGAUUCGUUGCCCAGAGGAGGCUACAUGGAAGUUGUUCAAAUUCCACGCGGUUCAGUUCACAUUGAAAUUAAAGAAGUUGCUCUCUCUAAGAACUAUAUAGCUUUGAAAUCGGAAGGCGAUGACUACUUUAUCAAUGGUGCUUGGACAAUAGAUUGGCCAAGGAAGUUUGAUGUAGUUGGGACAGCAUUUCACUAUAAGCGUCCGACUGACGAGCCUGAGUCUCUGGAAGCGUUGGGGCCAACCACAGAAAGUCUAAUAGUGAUGAUUCUUCUUCAGGAACAGAACUUGGGCAUUCGAUAUAAAUUUAAUGUCCCCAUUACACGGACAGGCAGUGGAGACAAUGAAGUUGGGUUCUCUUGGUUUCACCUUCCGUGGUCAGAAUGCUCAGCAACAUGCGCUGGAGGUAUCCAGAAGCAAGAAGUGGUGUGUAAAAGACUUGACGACAAUUCCGUUGUGCAAAAUAAUUACUGUGAUCUGGAUAGCAAGCCACCGGAAAACCAAAGGGCUUGUAACACCGAGCUGUGCCCACCAGAAUGGUUCAUAGGUGACUGGUCGGAAUGCAGUAAGACUUGUGACGGGGGGAUGCGAACACGGACAGUUCUUUGCAUUCGGAGGAUAGGCCCUUCUGAAGAAGAGACACUUGAUGACGUUAGCUGUCUGACACAUCGGCCUAUUGAAAAGGAAGCCUGUAACAACCAGUCUUGUCCGCCUCAGUGGGUUGCGUUGGAUUGGUCAGAAUGUACACCAAAAUGUGGUCCUGGAUUUAAACAUCGUAUUGUUCUAUGCAAGAGCAGUGAUCUCUCCAAAACAUUUCCUCCCGCAAAUUGUGCCGAAGAAAACAAACCUCCGGUCCGCAUGCGGUGCAGUUUGGGACGGUGUCCACCUCCCCGCUGGGUUACUGGAGAAUGGAGCCAGUGCUCUGCACACUGUGGUCUGGGACAGCAGAUGCGAACAGUACAGUGUCUUUCCUAUACGGGGCAAGCAUCGAGCGAAUGUCCGGAGAACGUUCGUCCUGCAUCAAUGCAGCAGUGUGAAAGUAAAUGUGACAGCACACCCAUUUCAAACACAGAGGAGUGCAAAGAUGUGAACAAAGUAGCUUAUUGCCCACUGGUGUUGAAGUUCAAGUUCUGCAGUCGAGCCUACUUCAGACAGAUGUGUUGUAAGACCUGCCAAGGGCAUUGACCCACGCCAACAGGGGAAGAGAGAACAUUAUUACUGCAUCGGGAAUUUGUCUAUUGAAGAGCAUGAUACCGAAGUGUGUGACUGAUGUCCUUGAAAAGAAAAGCCUGUGUAGAACAUAACCACUCGUCAGCUUCAGCUGACAAGAUUUCUUUAUUAUUUAACUUCUGUGAAGUGAAUUUAUUAUCCAAAGUGCUGGACACCAGAAAGGAGGAAAGACAAAUUGGAAAACUUUAAAACAGGCCAUCGACAAAAGAGGACUAUGCUUGUGUUCUUCACAGUCCGCCGAUCACCUUGCUUACCUCCUUCAACCAUUUUUAUGAUGGACUCAUGAAAUGACACUGAAUACGAUCUAUUUAAGACUUUUUUUUUCCAGUUGUAGCUGUUAUAACGUGGUCAACAAAAGAGAAAAAAAAAUAUUUUAGCCGUAACUAAGACCUAUAAUAGCUAUUUUAUCUCUAUUUACAGCACCACAAUUUAAAUUAUAAAAAAUAGGCUUUUGAAAUGUAAUUUAAGAAGCAAAUAUAAAUCAAAACUAAAGUUA